GAGACCGGUAUCUCUCAGUCGCGAGAUAUUUUGAGAAGAGUAAUUGUCCGGUGUACUUCAAAAUUCGCGAAACCAGCAAUGGCGACGAUAAAAUUCAAAGAAAAUACCUCUCCUUAUGUACUGAAACCUUCACCACCCGUGGAAGAUUAUCUCUAUAACAAAUACGUCGAAGAUCUCUCAUUGAAGACCAAUUCCCGGGACGAUCCGAUACUCAAUGUGGCUUUGUUUGGUGUUGGUCGCGCCGGAACGAUACAUUUAACGACAAUUGUAUCUAAUGCACGCGUGAAACUUCUGUACAUCGUCGACGACAUUGAAGCCAACUGGUAUAAUAUAAAAAAACGCUGGCAUCUAAACGACGUUACGUUUCUAAAUAGCAAGCAGUCUGACAAAGUAUUCAAAGAUUCCAAUGUCGACGCGGUGGUUGUGGCGUCGCCAACUUAUACUCACGAGAACAUCGUUGUCAAGGCUCUCGAAGCGAAAAAAGCGGUUUUCUGCGAGAAGCCCAUAGCGGAAAAUAGCGCGGACACAAUCAAGUGCUACGAAAUAGCGAAAAAAGUGAGCAAACCGUUGUUCUGCGCGUUCAAUCGGCGAUUUGAUCCGAGCUAUUCGGAAGUACGGAACCGAGUUCGCAAAGGCGAGGUCGGUCACGUUCACACGAUCAAGACGGUCUCGCGUGACUCUCCCCUGCCUACUAUAGAGUAUUUGAAGAUGUCCGGGGGUAUCUUCCACGACUGCCUGGUCCACGAUAUCGAUAUGAUCACCUGGGUUCUCGGAGAGUAUCCGGAUAAGGUCUCAGUUCUUGCUGACUCGAACAUUCCGGAGAUCAAGGAGAUCGAUGAUUUCGACACGGUUGCGGUGAACAUGCACUUCCCGUCGGGCACUCUCGGCAUGAUCGAUCUGUCUCGAAACAGCAACUACGGAUACGACCAACGUCUCGAGGUGUUUGGUCCGAAAGGCAUGGUGCGGGCCGACAACGAGCAACCGAUACACUCGGUGAGUUCGCAGUACGGUCUACACGGAAUCACCGCACCACCGAUCUGGUACUCGUUCGCCAGCCGUUUCAUGAACGGCUACCGAAGAGAAUUCGAUCAUUUCAUCGACGUAGUGCACGGCAAAGUCGAGUCGCAGGUCAAGUCGCAGGAGAUCCUGGCGGUGUCCAAAAUUGCCACGGCCUGCGAGGAGUCCGUCCGUAAAGGAAAAGUCGUGAAUUUGACCUGGACGGCCAACGAGUUAUUACCUGCUAAUCAGUAAGAAAGAACAGCGGAGAUACUCACAAGAAGAGCUUAAUUUGUAAUAUAAUAUUCUAUAUAUUCCAAAUAAAAUUUUACAUAUGUGAAUAGGCAUGAAGAAAAGUAGUAAAAUUUUAGACACUAAAUAACAAAAGAAGAUAUAUGUAAAAAUAAAACUAUAAAAUUUAUAAUAAACGUUACUGAAUACUGUUCGCGCGAAUGAUGAUGAUAAAGCUUUAUUUCUCUCUGAGUUGAAAGAGUUUUUUCGUUAAUAUAAAAUACUUUAAUACCAACACAAUUGUGCGUUUUUUGGUAGAAAAGAAGAGAAAAUUCUCUCUUUCUCAAUAUAUAUCUCGAGUAAUAUUAUCAUCAGUGUCAGAAUAUUGUCAUCUGAUAAGGCUCACACUAAACUAAUGAGUAUUUAGCUGAUUAAAUAAGAAAUCAAAACUCGUGUGUAGUUCAUGACGUUUUUAUAAAUGACAAAACGUAUACAAUGAUGUACCAAAUACCUUAUAAAAAAAAUAGCACGAAAGUACAAAAUCGAUAUUCACUCAUAUAAUUCAUAUACAUUUGAAUAGAAUUCAUUUUGUAUAUUGACGUUUUUGUUUUUACUUCUCCAACGUCUCCGCCAUAACAAAUGCACUGUAAAAUAUAUGGAAACUUUUUUUUGUCUUCGACUGUUUCAAUAUCGUUUUUUAUGUACAAAGGUUAGUGUCUCUGAUAAAAAACGAGGAACUAAACCUGUAUUUUUACGUCGAAUUUGAAAGUGUCAGAGUCAGAUCUUCGAAAAGUUAUAAAAUCAUAAAAAUUGA